CUCCGUCUCUCUCUCUUGGGAGAAGCGUGAGCCUACUGAAACUAGAGCGCCUCCCCUCCAAGUAAGAGAAGGAAAUAUACGAGAAAAGGAUCAAAGGAGAGCUGGCAUUUUGAUGGUUCUGUAGAGAAAUCGUAGUCCCUUGUCGCGAGACUGCAGCAUGAGGCGGCAUGGAUGGCAACGACCUCUUCAUCCCCUUCAGUUUGUUGGCAUGGCGGUAUUCAGUUUCCUGGUUGUUUCUUUCUAUGUGUUCCUUGGACCUUUUCUUGGGAACAGAAUUGUGGAAAACACAUUACUCACACUGUUUUCCUUCACGGCAUGUUCAGUAGCUUUUCUAUAUAUAAGGUGUACUGCAAUUGAUCCAUCCGAUAGAACGAAUGCCAAGAAGAGCAAAGGAACCAAAAUGAAAGGGCUGCCAAAGCUUAAUUACAAGUAUAUUUUAUGUCAAAUUGUGGUGAGGUUUUUUAGAAGGAUGGAGAACCGGAUUCUUAAAUGUUGCAUCAGGAGGAAGUAUUUGGAUCCAUGGAAUGGUAGAACACAGAUGGAGCCCCUGCUGCCGUUCCCUCUUGUCGUGUUGGAUGAUGCAGUUGCACCUCAUCUGAAAGAUGAUGACAUCACAUUUUGCGCUCUUUGUGAUUUUGAGGUUAAAAUGCACAGCAAGCACUGCAGGAGUUGCGACCGGUGCGUCGAUGGAUUUGAUCACCACUGCAGGUGGUUAAACAACUGCAUUGGGAAAAGGAACUACACUACCUUCAUCCUUCUAAUGGUUUUCAUCUUAUUAAUGCUUAUUAUAGAAGGAGGAACUGCAGUUGCCAUGUUUGUUCGAUGCUUUGCAGGCAGCAAAGGGUUAGCACAUGAAACAAAACAGAAACUCCACAUUGAGUUUCCUAAAGGAGUUCUUGCAACAAUAUCUAUAUUAUUGGCCAUAUUGACAGCAUAUGCCACAGCAGCACUAGGGCAGCUUUUUUUCUUUCAUGUUGUUCUCAUUAGAAAGGGAAUGAGAACAUAUGAUUACAUCCUGGCAAUGAGAGAACAAAGCCAGUCAUUUGACCCAUUCGAGGAUUCAGAUUCAUCCUCUGAUGAAAGCAUCGACUUCGACUCGCCAGAAAGACCAACUUUCCUCUCCCGAUUCCUCUGCAGAAGGCAUGAAGCCAAUCAAAGCACUCGAAGGCUGUCAAUAAGAAUUGACAAAGAAUCUAAUUCGGCCUCUUCAAACAAGAAGGCUGAAUUCCACAUUGACCCAUGGAAACUGAUAAAGAUGAGUAAGGAGAAGGCCCUGAUGGCAGCAGAGAGAGCAAGGGAAAGAAUUAGACAGAAGCUGCCAUCCACAGAGUCGACAUUAAAACCACUGCCACUGGAGGUGAAACAUGGACCUCUGAUGAACCCAGAGAGGAAAAAUGUGGCCAUACUAAGUGAGAUAACGCCAGUGGCUCCAAAGCCUUGGUUCCCAGGUUCACCCAGUGGGCGAUUCUCAAGUCCAAGGAGGAGGUUUUCGGGUUCUCCCUCUCCAAGACCUCAGAAAUACAGAAGCAACUUUGAUCUGAAGCUGACAGAGGUGUCGAGGGAACUUGAGACAUACAUCUCCAGGCAGGUGCUUUGCACUGUUUUGAAACAGGGUGAGGAGAAUGAGGCUUCACUGAAAUAGUUGAUCUAGUCUGAAUCAAGUUAUUUUUUGUGUACUUAAUCUUGGCUUUUGGCUUCUUUCAUUCUUGCGCUCCAUUUUGUUUUAAGUUUCUCAGCCUUUGAGAAAGGUUGGCUUGUAUCCUUGUUCAAAAAUUCUCAUUUACUUCAGGCUUGUUGGAGGGAAUACAGAUCAACGUGAA